AUGUCUCCCGCGAUGGUGAUGAAUGAUCAAAGGAGUGAAGAUGAUCAUACAAUAGAAAGUGAAUAUCAUAAAGGAGUGAAGAACUUGUAUGAAAAAGGUUAUCUUAAUAAAGUGCCAAAGAAGUAUAUAUUUCCAGCCUCAGAUAGACCCACCACUUGUAUGAAUGAUUCAAAUUCUCCCAAGGAAAAUCUCCAGCUACCCAUCAUUGAUUUUGGUGAUCUUAUUGGUCCAAAUAGACCACAAGCUCUUCAAUCCUUAGCCAAUGCUUGUGAACAAUAUGGAUUUUUCCAGGUAGUGAAUCAUUCCAUAUCUGAUGAUAUAACAAGGAGCAUGAUAGAUGUGAUAGGAAGAUUCUUUGAUCUUCCAUUGGAGGAGAGAGCUAAGUACAUGACAACUGAUAUGAGAGCAGCUGUGAGAUAUGGGACCAGUUUCAGUCAAACAAAAGACUCUGUGUUCUGUUGGAGAGAUUUCUUAAAACUCAUUUGUCAUCCUUUGCCUGAUUUUCUUCCUCAUUGGCCUGCUUCUCCAUCGGAUUUUCAAGAAGUGGUUGCCACCUAUGCAAAAGAAACAAAACAGUUGUUCAUGGCAAUAAUGGAAGCUAUCCUAGAAAGUUUAGGAAUUGUGGAAGCCAACCAAGAAGAGAUGACAAAAGAAAAGGACAAUAAUGAUAAUAAUAUUAUGAAUGAAUUGGACAAUGGUAGCCAAAUGUUGGUGACCAAUUUCUACCCACCAUGUCCUGAACCAGACCUAACCUUAGGAAUGCACCCUCAUUCUGAUUAUGGAUUCCUCACACUACUCCUCCAAGAUGAAGUGGAGGGUUUGCAAAUUCAAUUUCAAGACAAAUGGCUCACUGUUCAACCUAUUCCCAACGCUUUCGUCGUCAACAUUGGCGAUCAUUUAGAGAUAUUUAGCAACGGAAAAUACAAGAGCGUAUUGCAUAGGGUUUUGGUGAAUGAAGUUAAUAGUAGAAUAUCUGUUGCUUCACUGCAUAGUCUUCCCUUUAACUGCACUGUGAAACCGUCGCAAAAACUCAUUGACGAAUCAAAUCCAAAGCGUUACAUGGACACAGAUUUUGGUAGCUUUCUUGCAUAUGUUUCCACUAGAGAAACCAAGAAAAAGGAUUUCCUAGAGUCCAGAAAAUUGUCACACUCAUAA